AUGCCUCUAUUGCAGCUUUCGCUACCCCAAAACGCAACCUCGGGCGGCGACCCUCAGACCCAGCUGGAGCUGUGGCUACAGGAGCACUUGUCUCUGGUGGGCCCGGCUUCGCAGCUGCAUCUGCCGCAGUUCAAGAUUGGCACUCUGGAGUCGCUGGUGCAGCUGUCCGAGGAGCUUCACAAGACGGACGGCCAGCUCGACGGAGCGCUGGCCAAGGUGGCUGACAUCAUCGGAGUGCUGCAUGAGGGCUCGCCCGCACAGCAGGCGUUUUCCAAAAAGAUCAACGACCGGUCGGAGGUGGACUACGUGCGAGACUUCCGAUGGAACUCCAACAAGUACAAGACCGAGGGCGUGCCUCUGACCGAGCUCAGCAACAACAUCACUGGCGAGGCGCUGUCUCUAGAUCAGGACGUGCGGACCCUGUUCCAAAACUACCAGAACGCCAAGAGCACCCUGGCCUCGGUGGACCGUAAGCAGAGCGGCAAUCUGUCCAUCAAGUCGCUGCACGACGUUGUUGCCGCUGACGACUUUGUGCUCGACUCGGAGCAUCUGCAGACGGUGCUCGUGGCGGUGCCCAACUCGCAGUCCAAGGAGUUUGUGGGCUCCUACGAGUCGCUGACCAAGAUGGUGGUGCCGCGGUCGGCCCACGUCAUCUCCAAGGACGACGAGUAUACCCUGUUUGGCGUCACACUGUUCAAGAAGUUUGUGCCCGAGUUUAUCCACAAGUGCCGAGAGGCAAAGUACACAGUGCGGGACUUUGAGUACUCUCCGCAGCGGGUGCAGGAGGAGCGCCAGGAGCAGCAGCAGGCCAGCCAGCAGGAGCGCCAGCUGUGGGGCGAGGUGGUGAGACUGGCUCGAACGGCUUACGCAGAUCUCUUCAAGGCCAUUGUGCACCUGCGGGUUAUUCGCAUUUUCGUCGAGUCCGUGCUGCGAUACGGUCUUCCCCCCAACUUUCUCACAGCCACCUUUGAGCCCACCAACAUCAAAAAGGCCAAGGACGCACUGGUGGAAAAGUUUGGAUACCUGGGAGGAAACGCCUUUGCCAAGGACAAGGCCGGCAAGAUCAAGAGCGACCAGGGUCUGGGCGAAUUUGGUGGUCUGGCCGAUCAGGACUACGAGCCGUUUGUCAUUUACGAGCUCAAGUUGUAUUAG